AUGGGGGCCUCACAAUCAUCAUCUCAAGCCCAGCCACCAUCCAAAGCGCUGCAUGUUCUCCGUGUAACGCCCGCCUCGCCCGCCUCAAAAACCACGAUCGAGCCCUUCUUUGAUUUCAUCGUAGGCUUCGAAGGGGACGAACUCUCUUUACACUACAACAUAGACGUGUCGCAGCUUGAGAAGAUAGUCGAAGACUAUGAAGAAAGGACUCUCAAUCUUCUCGUUUGGAACAGCAAGAGCCAGGACACAAGAGUGGUUCCUAUAAUGCCUUCGCGCCAGUGGGCACUCACACAUACGGACUCACCCGGAGGCAACGAAGCAUCACUUCAGCCAUCAUUGCUUGGCCUUAGCAUGCGGAUGUGCCAGCCUGACCUCGCGAUGGACAAUGUAUGGCAUGUCCUAGAUGUCUUAGAAGGAAGUCCUGCGGAAAGCGCGGGUCUCGUACCAUUCGGCGACUGGAUCAUUGGGUGGUCAGGUGGCGCCCUAAGUGCGGAAGGAGACUUCUAUGACCUUGUAGAAGCUCAUGUCGACAAACCACUUAGGGUUUACGUGUAUUCUCAUGACUUUGACAACCUUCGCGAGGUUGUCCUUGUUCCGAACCGGCAUUGGGGAGGAGAGGGCUUACUGGGUUGUGUCUUUGGCUUCGGCCUAUUGCACCGCAUCCCUCCUCAGCCGACUGAUCGCCUCCCCGGUUCUACUCCGCCAGAAUUGAGAGACGCUACGGACGAAUAUGAACAGCAAGCACUCUUCGUCCCUGCUGAUUCUGGCGUUCAUGAAGUAUACGAAGACCAAAAUGCAGGACCGUGGCAACACCGAGAUGACCAUUCCCGCGUGCACCAGACCAACUCCCGCCAUACAAUGCCGACAGGGAAUCCUAGCCACAAAUAG